AUGCCUGUCACCAUUCGGCCACAGCCUGAAAAGGCGGGCGUCAAUACGGAUCGCGUCGUGAGCUCCUCUGGCGAGCUUCUUGCCGUCACGUCGAAGGAGUGGACUGCAGCCAGACCUGGGCGGACCAACAAACGACAGGGUCCCGAGGACCGACUCGUUCUGCGCUCUUCUUUCGAGAAUCUCGAAGCCAGUAGCGCCAGCAUUAUUCCCUACAGCAACGCCCUCGUGGAUGGGAUCAUUCGAGCCUUUGAACAGGACCUUCACCUUGUGCUCCGACCAGAUGAUGUUUGGUUGGCUAUUUUGGUCCAAUUCAACUUCUACGUCAACGCAAAUGCGGAGGAUCUACGACACCUCUUUGUCACCCACAAGGAGAAAGAACUUCUUGAACUCGACAUGCGCCCCGAGCCACUUAGGGACAUUGAUUUCCAACAGGCUUCUGAAAAGUUCAUCGAGCUUAUGAAGCCCUUUCUUGUGGACGAGAGCCUCUCCGAAUGGCUUCUGCCGGCAUUCACCACCACGACCGCGAACGACAAGACAGUCGCUGCCCUAACUGUGAUGUCUACGCUGAAGAAAUACUUCGACUAUACCAUCCUAUGUGGCGGAUGUGGUUUCCCUUCUGUGACCUUGGAAGGUGAGAAGAAGGACUGGGAGCUCCUGGCAGCUAAGAUCCGAAAUCUUGCUGAUUAUGGAGAUGAACCGGCCGACUGGUCCGUAUACCUAGCCAAGGUCGUCGAGAAGAUGAUCGAAAGCUUUGACAGGCCUGAUGAUGACAACGUCAAGGAUUUCUGGAUGCGUGCUUGCCACUCUGCGGGAGAGUCCGGUUCAGGGUCGACCGAGACCCUAUCAGGAUGGCUUACGGCAUUUUGCUACUGGGGAGAUGAUGGUGAGCGGGUGCAUCACUGGCCUGAUGAACGCCUCAAAACAUUGGUGCCGAAAGUUAAUCGUAAACGAUUAACCCUUGAUGGCAUUCCGUUCCCGGUCAUCUGGCGCCAUGGUGUGCCCAAGGCGGUGACGGAAGUGCCCAUCGUCGUGAAAGACUACGACACGUGUAUGGUGCAUGAAACAACCGUCAUCGCGGGGCAGGUGGCCAUGAAGGGUGUUCAGAUGGAGGACGAGUCUCAAAUCACCCAUGUCCAGCCGAUGUCGGGCUGGUGGAUGUUGGAGGACAAGACAUAUCCAUUUCCGUGA